AUGAAGUACUUUAACAUCUGCCUGCUCUUAAUCAUCUGCGCCCUGUGCUAUGGCCUAGUAUCGGCCCAGCAGGAGGAUGGUGGCUCCGUGUCGCCAGCUAAACGUAUUGCUGCCCUACGUCGUCCGAUUGGCAAAGCAGCCAAAGCCACAACCACCACAACUCCGGCACCCGUUCAUAAUGAUGGCGGCGAGGAGGAGGACUAUGGUGAUGAGGCAGCCGCCGGUGAUCAUCAAGGAGGCGAGGGCGAAGACGAUGAGGGUGCGGGUGCAUUAAGCUCAACCACAACCACCACAACAGAGGCACCCAAAAAAGUUGGUCCCGUCAUUCGCCCCUUCCGUUCCAAUGACGAUUUCCUCAAUUCGCUAAAGCGUCGCCAGCAGAAUGCCAAGAAACAUCGCGCCGAGAAGCCAACCGCUGGCAAGCAGACAACGACCGGCAAGAAGAGUGACACGUCAUCGGGGGAACAGGAACAGGAGCAGGAACCGGUGGCUGCUGCCGCUCCAGUGCCAGCAUCAACAUCGUCCAAAGGCUACAAGGGCAAUUCGGCAUUGAGCCGUCGCAAAUUAGCCAAGCCGGUAAAGUCGAGUCCCGAGCCAGCGACUGAUGAUGCCGCUCAAGAAGAAGACUCAGAACCGAAGGAGGAUACAAAACCCAAACGUCCCAUUGGACGUUUAGCCUUGAGAAAGCGCAACUAAUUCCUAUAAAUUCCUUUCACUACACACCAACCCCCACCCCCACACACACACUUCACCUUUUUCCACACACACACACACAUAGCAUAUACAUGGCUAGCUAUAUGGCAGCCCGAUCUGCCCAUUAGUUUUUAGUUCACAAUUGAUAAAUAUAUGUAAUUUUAUUUUGUAUAAAACAACCAACACCUACACAAAUACACACACACACAUACCACCCAUUAUUUCUUAUUCCCACUUCCCACCUCACACACACACACACACUUUUUUUGUCCACACAUCGUUUACCCUAUAAUUCAUAUAUGUAUUUAUAUAUUCACUUUGGAAUAUAUAUUUCACCGAUAUAUGUCUCUAUUUACAUAAGUAUAUAUGUAUUCACACUUCACCAAGACCCCCC